CUUCCGGAAGAUGGAGAGGGACUUCCGGCCCCGUUGCACGACCGCCAUCUUCACACGACCGGUCGCGAGUGUGCGGCCGAUUCGAGACCCGCGGCUCGCGUUCAGGAGAAAGUAGAGACCAUCUGAUCCCCGCCCUUUGCCCCCCAUGGCUCCCAAGAGCGGCCGGCGCAAGAGCCGCCCAAAGCCGGACUUGGCCAACCUGAGUGUCGACGAGUUCUUUGCAUCAGCAGCUGUUGAUGACGACGACGAGAGCGCCGCCAUCAACGACAAGGAGACGAUCCAGGAUGAGCAGGUGGAGCCGGCGGUUCUCCGUGACGAAGGUGGUGGUGGUGCUGCCGGGCGUGCUAGCCAGCACAAGCAGGACCUGGUGAAGCUGCGCGACAAAGAUCCUGAGUUCUACAAGUUCCUCGAGGAGAACGACCGCUCGCUGCUGAACUUCAACGACUCGGACACGGAGUCCGACUCAGAUGGCGAUACUCGCGUGCAUCGCCCGCCCAAGCACCUCAAAGAAGCGCCCAGCGGAAGCGACGACGAUAGCGAUUUGGACGACGACGACGAAGAGGAAAAGCGAUCUAAACGCAAGCCUGGUCGCUCGACUUCGUCAGCCGUGAAGGUGACGGCCGAAAUGGUGUCGCAGUGGCGCGAGGCGGUGCGCGGCGGCAACCUCUCCCCGGGGCUGCUGCGUGACGUCACGCUCGCCUUCAGCGCCGCCGUGGCGGCCACGCGGGGCGGCGCCGGCGGCCCCGACUCGGCCACGCCAGCUGCCGCGGCCGCACGAUUCAAGGUGGAGGGUGGCACCGUGUUCAACGCGCUGGUGAGCUGCGCCGUGCGUGACCUCGCGCCCGCUCUCAACAGCCUGCUCCAACUCCAGCCCUCCGAUGACGCCGGCGGCAAGAUCGCGCUGCCGAACACGAGCCGACUGUGGCGGCGCGUGCGGCGUGACGUGCGCACGUACCUGUGCGACGUGCUGCAGCUGGCGGCCGUGCUGGCGGAGCCCUCGGUGCUGCGCGCCGCGCUGCGCCACGCGCACGCGCUCGUGCCUUACUACCUGAGCUUCCCCAAGCUGGCACGUCGCCUGCUGCGCUCGAUGGUGCGGCAGUGGAGCGCCGGCAGCGACGACUCGUGCCGCGUGCUUGCCUUCCUGGCGCUGGCGCGCGUGACGCGCCACAACCUAUCGGCAUACCACGGCACGGUGGUGCGCGCCAUGUACCUGGCGUAUGUGCGCAACGCGCGCUUCUCCUCGCCCGACUCGUUGCCCCUCAUUGGCUUCAUGCAGCGCUGCCUGUGCGAGGUGCUCGCCAUGGACCCCGCCGGCGCGCACGCCCACGCCUUCGCCUACGUGCGCCAGCUCGCUGUGCACCUGCGCGGAGCACUGGCGACGCGCCGUCGCGAUAGCUUCCGCACCGUUUACAACUGGCAGUUUGUGCGUUGCGUGGAGCUGUGGUGCCGCGCGCUGCCCGCUCUCAAUGCCGCUGCGCCUGGCUCGGCCACGUCGCUCGUGUACCCGCUGGCACAGGUGGCGUGGGGCUGCGCGCGCCUCGUGCCCUCGGAGCGCUUCUACCCGCUGCGCCUGCACGUGGCGCGUGCCCUCACGUUGCUGUCGGCCGGCACGGGCGCCUUCGUGCCGGUGCUGCCGCUGCUGGGCGAGGUGCUGGAGCGCACUGACUUCAACCGGCGGCCAGGCCGCCUGAGCACACGCCCCAUCAACUUCGCGACGACGCUGCGGCUGAGCCGCGCCGAGCUCCAGGAGAAGUCGUUCUGCGACGGCCUCGUCGAGCAGCUCUGCGACGCGACGCUGGAGCACCUGCGCACGCAUGCGCACCGCGUCGCCUUUCCCGAGCUGGUACUGCCCUUCUCUCUGCAGCUGCGCGCCUUCCUCAAGCGCUGCAAAGUGGCCAAUUACUGCCGGCAGGCACGCCAGCUGCUGGACAAGCUGACGGAGAACGCGACGUUCGUAUCGGGGCGACGCGGAGUGGCGGGGGCGCCGGCCGUGACUGACGUGGCGGCCGUGGAGGCAUGGGAGGAGCGGCUGCUCGCCGAGGGCACGCCGCUGAGCCGCUACUACGACGCGUGGAAGCGCCUGCGUGAGCACGAGCUGCGACUGGAAGUGAGCGGCAAGGAGAGGAUGGAGGACGCGGGGCUCCCGGCCAUCGUGAAGCGGAGGCGCGCAGAGGCCGAACGGGACGCCGACAAGGACAGCGACCGGAAAGAGCUCACAGAGCUCUUCCCGUCCGACGACGACGAAGAUGACGACGAUGAUGUCGACGACGAUGGCGCUGGUGACGAUGAGGAAGAUCGUAGCCGGAGUUUGAUCAAGGUUAAGACGAAGAAGGGUGUGAAGAAAAGUGAUGAUGACGAUGUAGAUUUUGACAUGGAUGACUUUUCAGGGAGCGACCUGGAUGACUUGUCCGACAGUGAAGACGAAGUUGAUGUCAGAGGUAAUAAAAAGGGGAAUAAGGUCCAGAAGAUGAUGGCAAAGAAGGGGAAAGAAACGAAGGGGAAGGAAACGAAGGGGAAGAAGGGGAAAGAGCCAGCGAAACCCAUCCCGGUCGCAGUGCUGAAGGACCUCGCUGAGGGAGGAGAUGACGUUGUGGAAGACCUGGCGCUGUCGUCCGACGAGGGGUGAUGACAACGACCUCGUGGCACCAAGGCCCCACCCCCUCUCUCCUGCUCUCCAUGACUCCUCGCCUGCUGCCCAACUUUCCCCUUCUCUCCUCGAGUCUCCUGGACUCUGCCUAAAUGUCCGCUCAAGUCCCCAGGACUUUCGACUCUCCCAUCCUCCCCAUUCCAGAUCUCUAGUCACAGUGAAACAAUAACGUGAGGAUUUCUCAACCAGUCGCGGUUGACCGUUUGUCAGCUGUUUUGUGGUUGUGCAGAUGCAACGACAACAAACGUUGGCCAGCAGCAGUCGCGCACUCACAGCGAGAGGCCCGACGCUUUGUGCUGCUAACCAUACAAUGGUUAGUCAAAAGGUUCUGAGCCGAAUAUAAAUUCACCAGAGUAGGUAAGCAAAUUAAGAACCACGUUAUUUACCAACCGAUUUAACAGUACGUUUCUCAUGUCCUGAAGCGUUUUCAUUCCCUCCACCAAUGUCUUUUUCCAGCCCAAUAACCUUGUUUUGUGGUUGUGCAGAUGCAACGACAACAAACGUUGGCCAGCAGCAGUCGCGCACUCACAGCGAGAGACCCGACGCUUUGUGCUGCUAACCAUACAAUGGUUAGUCAAAAGGUUCUGAGCCGAAUAUAAAUUCACCAGAGUAGGUAAGCAAAUUAAGAACCACGUUAUUUACCAACCGAUUUAACAGUACGUUUCUCAUGUCCUGAAGCGUUUUCAUUCCCUCCACCAAUGUCUUUUUCCAGCCCAAUAACCUUUAGCUUAUCAUCCUGAUCUUAAAUGUGCUUUUCACUUGGAUGAUCCUUUAAUUUUGGAAAACAGAAGUCAUUGGGUGCCAGGUCCGAAGAAGAGGCGGUGAUGCGGGAGUUUCUCCAAGUGGUUGAUUGUUGACGUCGGUCUUGGACUGUGUGCUGGGGCAUUGUCAAACAAACAAAAUGGCCCAUGCGAUUCUCAUUUUUCCACGGUGCAGUCCAUGGAGCCUGUCUAGUAUUGAGCUGUGACCGUUUCCUUGUGUGGCAUGAAGUCGACGUGCGCCACAGCUCUUAACAUCCCACCACGUGGUGCACAUGGACUUGUAGAAAACUCGAGUCUUGAAUUUCUUUGGUCCUGGAGAAGUUGGACCUUUCCGACUGCAUGAACCGCCGGGUACCUGGCCGGGUACGGGUAGCCGGGUAUCGGGUAGGGUACGGGUAUCGGGUACCCGAUUGCGACCUCUGGGUGGGGCUGGUUGGGAGGGGCUGGUCACCCCAUGGUGCCCUUAUAAAAAUCAACGUUUAACGCUUGUGCCCGCCCUCACAGUCGGCCAUAUUUGCGGAAUACACCACGCCGCCGUUGACCCUGGCCAUUGACUGAGCAACCCAACGUUCCUACCAGCUCCCUCCGCAGGAAUGUGUUCAAUGUGCUCUGGUAUUUCUUUUUCUAGAACGUAACUUUUUGUACCGCCCACGUAACACCCAUUUGUAACCGUUCGGUGAGGCUCGGUGAAGAUGACACCAGUUCAAAGUUGCAUUGCUUAAAUGCAAUCCAAGAGUCUCAAAAGGUGGUGGAUGAAAUGGUCCCUAAGGUGAUUUAACAGAUUCCUUUACCAACUUUGUACCAAGUUUUUCAUUUAACUGCCACACGGACAAACCUGGAAUUUACGACUGGAUAAGAUGUUUCAGUUGUGCUGUACAGUUCUCCGAUGCUUUUUCUAGUUGUACCGCGUGUUGUUUAGCACAGUGUUCAACGUUUUACUCCACGUGCUGGGGAGCUCCUUUCUGUGAUGUCCGACGUUUCAUUCCGCAUCAUGAGAAGCUCCCAGGACAUGGUACAACCCGGAAACACGUAAGUUAGAAUCUGGCUUUAUUUCUAUUCGUAUUAACAGAGUUUUUCAUGCGUUUCACAGCCGGGGGUAUGAUUUCAAUGUUACGUGACAUCUGAUCAACUUUGUUUUUGUUAUUAUCUUGAGUAGUUAUGCCUGUUAUUAUGGUGCCGUGUUUGUAACAAGACUAUAAUUCCUUGGCAAUAAAUUCCUUUAUCAAUUGAA